AUGUACCAUGCUGGUCUGUCACCAAAAGUGCGAGCAAAAGCACAUGAAAAUUUCAUGAAGGAUAAAGUGACAACGAUUGUUGCUACAGUCGCAUUUGGCAUGGGCAUUGAUAAGGCUGAUGUUCGUUAUGUCAUCCAUUAUGGAGCACCUAGAGGCAUCGAAAGUUAUUAUCAAGAGAUUGGUCGUGCUGGUCGUGAUGGAUUUCCGAGCAAAUGCAUCGUUUUCUACACUGACGGCGAAAUUGCUACGAAUAGAUAA